CAUGGAAAGAUUCAAUUAUGUGAUUUUCCUCCUAUUGGUGUGUGAAUGCAGAGCAGCAGCAGGACGGCAGAGCCUGAAGGGAAACCAGAGAGAUGCUGCCGUGAUCACCUCCUGCGACUUUAAUCAUGACAGUCAGCCAUUCUGCAGCUUCACCCAGGACACGGCGGAUAACAGCGACUGGACCCGACAUAAAGGUCCAACUCCGACUCCUGGCACCGGCCCCAGCGGAGACUACCCAGAUGGAAAGGGAUUCUAUAUAUACCAUGAAUGCGACAACGUCUCCAAUGGACAAAAAGCUCGUCUGCUGAGCCCCUUGAUCACCUCAUCGGCAUCUAAGAUCUGCGUUCAGUUCCGGUACUACAUGUAUGGGAUCGAAAGCAACAAUUUCUUAAGGGUUCUGUCAAAUCCAGCAGGCGGCGAAGAAGUGGAAGUCUGGAGGAGGGAUGGAUUUCAGAGUCCGUCCUGGUUGGCAGGUUCUAUCACCGUGCCCAAAGCAGCCGGUCAGAGUCUCAACAUUGUGUUUGAGGCUCAAAGAGGUUUCUCUGCAUCCUGUGACUCAGCAUUGGACAACAUUGUCAUCACUGAGGGGGAAUGUCCUGCUUGUGAAUCUAGCUGUGAUUUUGACACCAUUGGUGAACUGUGUGGGUGGACAGUCCACACCGAAAAUCCUGAGCUAUUUGGUUUUGAUCAGUGGAGUGGACAAACAGACACAGACGGCACUGGACCUGAUGAUGACUUCUCUAAACCUGGGUUUGGAAGUUACAUGCUGAUGGAUUCUUCCGAAGCUGUGGAAGGAGAAAGCUCUCAAAUCAGAAGUCCUGCGAUUCCAUCCCCCUCAGGAUGUUUGGAACUCAGCUUUUAUUACUACCUGUAUGGUACCAGCACCAAAAUGGAGAUCAGUGUCCACACCAUAACAGCAGGUGGAGGCCUUGGACCUUCUUUCUUCAGUGUUAAAGGAAACCAGGGUAUGGGCUGGAAGCCUGCAGAGGUCCGCGCCAUUGGAACCGCUGAAACUCAGUUUGCAAUUGUCGGAACCUUUGGUGAAACCAUGGAGACAGAUAUUGCUGUUGAUGCCGUCUGUAUCAAGACCUGCACCGCUGAGUCAACAACACCAAAACCUUCUUCUCCUACACCAACUACACCUAAGCCACCAACUGGAGGGCCAACCACACCUAAGCCACCAACUGCAGGGCCAACCACACCUAAACCACCAACCCCUGGACCAAGUACUCCUAGACCACCUACUGGAGGGCCAACUACACCUAAACCACCAACCCCAGGGCCCAGUACACCUAGACCACCUACUGGAGGGCCAACAACACCUAAACCACCAACCCCAGGGCCCAGUACACCUAGACCACCUACUGCAGGGCCAACUACACCUAAACCACCAACCGCAGGGCCAACUACACCUAAACCACCAACCCCUGGACCAAGUACACCUAGACCACCUACUGCAGGGCCAACUACACCUAAACCACCAACCGCAGGGCCAACUACACCUAAACCACCAACCCCUGGACCAAGUACACCUAGACCACCUACCGGAGGGCCAACUACACCUAAACCACCAACCCCUGGACCAAGUACACCUAGACCACCUACUGCAGGGCCAACUACACCUAAACCACCAACUCCAGGGCCAAGUACACCUAGACCACCUACCGCAGGACCAACUACACCUAAACCACCAACUCCAGGGCCAAGUACACCUAAGCCACCGACCCCUGGACCAAGUACACCUAAACCACCAACCCCAGGGCCAAGUACACCUAGACCACCUACUGGAGGGCCAAGUACACCUAAACCACCAACCCCAGGGCCAAGUACACCUAGACCACCUACUGCAGGGCCAAGUACACCUAAACCACCAACCCAAGGGCCAAGUACACCUAGACCGCCAACACCUGGACCAACUACCCCUAAACCAAAACCCUGUCCACCAGAUGCGGAUUAUAUUGAAUGUGGUCCAGCUUGCAUCCCUACAUGUCAGGAACCUUCCACCAACUGCUCUGGGUCCUGCAUCAGUGGUUGCUUCUGUAAACCUGGAUAUGUCUUCAAGGGGCGGCGGUGUGUGCCUCUAGAUCAAUGUGGCUGUUUGGAUGAUGGCAAUAACUAUUAUGAGCCUGGUGAGACAGUAUCAGGAGAUGGAUGUACAAAGCAUUGCCGCUGUUUGGGGAACUACACUUUUGAAUGCGUUGAUAAUUCCUGUGAUCCCACCGAAGAGUGUCGAGAGGUCAAUGGUGUUUCUGGUUGUUAUCCUAAAGGUUCAUCAACAUGCAUAGCAUCUGGAGAUCCUCACUACACAACCUUUGACAAACGCAAAUACAACUUCAUGGGCAACUGCAGCUACCUGAUGUCUGCACCCUGCAAUCAUACAAGCCUGCCAUACUUUGAGGUCCAUGCAGACAAUGAAAACCGACAUAACACACCCACCAUCUCCUACCUCAAGGCUGUUCAUGUACAUGUGUUCAUGACGAAGAUCUCAAUUCUCAAAGGUGGCACAGUGCAGGUGAAUGGGACCAAUGUUAACCUUCCAGUGAGUCCAGCCCCUGGCGUCUCCGUUUUCAAGUCAGGAAAACAUUAUACUGUGUCCACAAACUUUGGCUUGACUGUUCGCUACGAUGGAAACCACUUCAUGGACAUUAAAGUGAUCAAGGACUAUGAGGAUAUACUGUGUGGACUGUGUGGAGAUUAUAACGGAAAUACCAAAGAUGACUUCCGGAAACCAGAUGGAGCCUUGGCAAGCAAUGCAAAUGAUUUUGGCCACAGCUGGAACACUGAUCCAGAGUGCAAUAAGAAACCUAACAAUACCAUUCCUGGAUGUACUAUAGAAGAGGAAGUGCUUUAUGAGAGUUCUGGAUACUGUGGUAUCCUGCUGGACAAAGACGGUCCCUUCGCUGCCUGCCACCCUAAAGUCAGCCCAAAUAAUUACUUCAGGGACUGUUUGUUUGACCUAUGUGAACUGGGUGGAGCCAGACCCAUUCUGUGUGAAGCUAUUGAGGCCUACGUCAAUGAGUGCCAGGACCGUGGGGUUAACAUCAGACCCUGGAGAAAUAAUACUUUCUGCCCACUGAACUGCACCACCAACAGCCAUUUUGAGCCCUGUGCUGACCCCUGUCAAGAGACCUGCUCUGGAAAACCUCCCUCCUGUGGUGGACCAUGCUCUGAGGGGUGUGUUUGCGAUCCUGGUUACGUCCUAAGUGCUGGCAAAUGUGUCCCGAAGAAUACCUGUGGCUGCACUCACAGCAAUGGCCAGUAUUACGAGCCUGGAGAGGAGUUUUAUUUGGAGGACUGUAAGCUGAAAUGUAGGUGCAAUUCACCCUUUGUCACAUGUGAAGCCUCUGAGUGUCCUCCAACGCAAGACUGCAAAGUCCAGGAUGGAGAAUUAGGCUGCUAUCCUAAAGUAUGUCCACCGAAUGCAGAGUACAUCCACUGUGGUCCAUCCUGUAUCCCAUCGUGUCAGGAACCUUCCACCAACUGCUCUGGACCCUGCGUCAGUGGUUGCUUCUGUAAACCUGGAUAUGUCUUCAAGGGAAAGCUCUGUGUUCCACUAGAUAAAUGUGGCUGUUAUGAUGAUGGCAAUAACUAUUAUGAGCCUGGUGAGAUAGUAUCAGGAGAUGGAUGUUCAAAGCUUUGCCGCUGUCUGGGGAACUACACUUUUGACUGCGUUGAUAACUCCUGUGAUCCCACCGAAGAGUGUCGAGAGGUCAAUGGUGUUUCUAGCUGCUAUCCUAAAGAUUCAUCAACAUGCAUAGCAUCUGGAGAUCCUCACUACACAACCUUUGACAAACGCAAAUACAACUUCAUGGGCAACUGCAGCUACCUGAUGUCUGCACCCUGCAAUCACACAAGCCUGCCAUACUUUGAGGUCCAUGCAGACAAUGAAAACCGACAUAACAGACCCACCAUCUCCUACCUCAAGGCGGUUCAUGUACAUGUGUUCAUGACGAAGAUCUCAAUUCUCAAAGGUGGCACUGUGCAGGUAAAUGGGACCAACGUUAACCUUCCAGUGAGUCCAGCUCCUGGCGUCUCCGUUUUCAAGUCAGGAAAACAUUAUACUGUGUCCACAACCUUUGGCUUGACUGUUCGCUACGAUGGAAACCACUUCAUGGACAUUAAAGUGAUCAAGGACUAUGAGGAUAUACUGUGUGGACUGUGUGGAGAUUAUAACGGAAAUACCAAAGAUGACUUCCGGAAACCAGAUGGAGCCUUGGCAAGCAAUCCAAAUGAUUUUGGCGACAGCUGGAACACAGAUCCAGAGUGCAAUAAGAAACCUAACAUUACCGUUCCUGGAUGUACUGCAGAAGAGGAAGUGCUUUAUGAGAGUUCUGGAUACUGUGGUAUCCUGCUGGACAAAGACGGACCGUUUGCUGCCUGCCACCCCAAAGUCAACCCAAAUAAUCACUUCAAGGACUGUUUGUUUGACCUAUGUGAACUGGAUGGAGCCAGACCCAUUCUGUGUGAAGCUAUUGAGGCCUACGUCAAUGAGUGCCAGGACCGUGGGGUUAACGUCAGACCCUGGAGAAAUAAUACUUUCUGCCCACUGAACUGCACCUCCAACAGCCAUUUUGAGCCCUGUGCUGACCCCUGUCAAGAGACCUGCUCUGGAAAACCUCCCUCCUGUGGUGGACCAUGCUCUGAGGGGUGUGUGUGCGAUCCUGGUUACGUCCUAAGUGCUGGAAAAUGUGUCCCGAAGAAUACCUGUGGCUGCACACACAGCAAUGGCCAGUAUUACGAGCCUGGAGAGGAGUUUUAUUCAGAGAACUGUAAGCUGAAAUGCAGGUGCGAUUCACCCAAUGUCACCUGUGUGGCCUCUGAGUGUGCUCCAACCCAUGAGUGCAAAGUCCAGGAUGGAGAAUUAGGCUGCUAUCCUAAACCCUGUCCACCAAAUGCAGAGUUUAUUGAAUGCGGACCAUCCUGUAUCCCAUCGUGUCAGGAACCUUCCACCAACUGCUCUGGACCCUGCAUCAGUGGUUGCUUCUGUAAACCUGGAUAUGUCUUCAAGGGAAAGCGUUGUGUUCCACUAGAUAAAUGUGGCUGUUUGGAUGAUGGCAAUAACUAUUAUGAGCCUGGCGAGAUAGUAUCAGGAGAUGGAUGUUCAAAGUUUUGCCGCUGUUUGGGGAACUACACUUUUGACUGCGUUGAUAACUCCUGUGAUCCCACCGAAGAGUGUCGAGAGGUCAAUGGUGUUUCUAGCUGCUAUCCUAAAGAUUCAUCAACAUGCAUAGCAUCUGGAGAUCCUCACUACACAACCUUUGACAAACGCAAAUACAACUUCAUGGGCAACUGCAGCUACCUGAUGUCUGCACCCUGCAAUCACACAAGCCUACCAUACUUUGAGGUCCAUGCAGACAAUGAAAACCGUUAUAACAGACCCACCAUCUCCUACCUCAAGGCGGUUCACGUACAUGUGUUCAUGACGAAGAUCUCAAUUCUCAAAGGUGGCACUGUGCAGGUAAAUGGGACCAAUGUUAACCUUCCAGUGAGUCCAGUCCCUGGCGUCUCCGUCUUCAAGUCAGGAAAAUAUUAUACCGUGUCCACAACCUUUGGCUUGACUGUUCGUUACGAUGGAAACCACUUCAUGGACAUUAAAGUGAUCAAGGACUAUGAGGAUAUACUGUGUGGACUGUGUGGAGAUUAUAACGGAAAUACCAAAGAUGACUUCCGGAAACCAGAUGGAGCCUUGGCAAGCAAUCCAAAUGAGUUUGGCCACAGCUGGAACACAGAUCCAGAGUGUAAUAAGACACCCAACACUACCAUCCCUGGAUGUGAUCAAGAAGAGCAGGAGCUUUAUGAGGGUUCUGGAUACUGUGGUAUCCUGCUGGACAAAGACGGACCGUUCGCUGCCUGCCACCCCAAAGUCAACCCAAAUAAUCACUUCAAGGACUGUUUGUUUGACCUAUGUGAACUGGAAGGAGCCAGACCCAUUCUGUGUGAAGCUAUUGAGGCCUACGUCAAUGAGUGCCAGGACCGUGGGGUUAACAUCGGACCCUGGAGGAAUGACACUUUCUGCCCACUAAAUUGCCCGUCCAACAGCCAUUUUGAGCCCUGUGCUGACCCCUGUCCAGAGACCUGCUCUGGAAAACCUCCCUCCUGUGGUGGACCAUGCUCUGAGGGGUGUGUGUGCGAUCCUGGUUACGUCCUAAGUGCUGGCAAAUGUGUCCCGAAAAAUACCUGUGGCUGUACUCACACCAAUGGCCAGUAUUACGAGCCUGAAGAGGAGUUUUAUUUGGACGACUGUAAGCUGAAGUGCAGGUGCGAUUCACCCAAUGUCACCUGCGUGGCCUCUGAGUGUCCUCCAAAGCACGAGUGCAAAGUCCAGGAUGGAGAAUUAGGCUGCUAUCCUUCUAGCUUCCAGGACUGCGUUGUUUCAGGGGAUCCUCACUACAAUACGUUUGACAAGAAGUACUACAGCUUUAUGGGAACCUGCACUUACACACUGGCCAGAACGUGCAAGAACAACACAGGUCCUUGGUUCUCUGUGGAGGCAAAGAAUGAGGAGCGGGGUGCGCCGGGCGUGUCCUACCUGAGGAAGCUCUACGUCACGGUGGAUGGAAUCACCGUCACCCUGAUGAAGGCCAGGAGAACUCUGGUGAACGGUCGGCGUGUGGCUCUUCCUCACUCGCCGUCUCCUCUCAUAUCCAUCAGUCUGGCCGGUCAGUAUGUCACCUUGGAGACGCCCUUCGGCCUGCGUGUGCGUUGGGAUGGAAAUCAUUAUGCCCAGAUCUCCGUUCCAAGCUCCUACUAUGACCAGAUGUGUGGCCUCUGUGGUGACUACGAUGGGAACCCAGACAAUGACUUCACCAAACCAGACGGCAGCCUGGUGGGAAACGUUAAUGACUUUGGAAACAGCUGGCAGACAGAAGAGGAUGAGGAUGACUCGUGUACCGAAGGCACGAAGCCGGACCCAGAGUGCGACCCGAGUCUCGAGGCUGAGGUGUCGAAACCAGACCAAUGCGGCAGAAUUACAGACCCAUCUGGACCGUUCAGGGAUUGUAUCGGACUUGUCGACCCCACUCCAUUCUUCCAGAGUUGCGUUUAUGACAUGUGCCGGUACGGCGGCCAGCAGAGCGUACUGUGCGACCAGAUGCAAGCUUACACCGAUGCCUGCCAGAGCGCCGGAGCCAAGGUCCACGAUUGGAGGACUCCAGACUUCUGCCCCAUCCCCUGCCCCCCUAACAGCUCCUACACCCUGUGCAUGAGCUCCUGCCCUGAAACCUGCCUGGGCGUGGUCGGCCCACCCGGCUGCGAGGACGUGUGCGUAGAGGGUUGUGAAUGUAACCCAGGCUUCAUCCUCAGCGAUGACAAAUGUGUCCCACUGAAGGACUGUGGCUGCGUGGACACCAGUGGGAAUUACCAUCCAGUGGGGGAUGAUUGGUACUUGGAGGGCUGUGAGCAAAAAUGCAAGUGCCAGGGUGGAGGUUUGAUCCAGUGCUACAACACCAGCUGUAGACCAACAACUGAGAGCUGCCAGCUGCACGAUGGGCAGUUUGAAUGCCGACCUGUCGGAAAUGGAAUCUGUUCGGUGUCUGGAGAUCCUCACUACACCACCUUCGAUAAGCGCACCCACAACUACAUGGGAGCAUGCUCCUACACGCUAACCAAACCCUGCAACAUCUCAUCUGGCUUGCCGUACUUCACCGUGGACACCCAGAACGAGCACAGAGGAAGCAACAAGAAGGUUUCCUACGUCAGAGCUGUGGUGGUCAACGUGUUCAACGUGACUGUGAUCCUCAACAAGGGCCGUAAAGUCCAGGUCAACGGGAAGGCGGCUGUAACACCAGUCACCCCCACCAGCGGGGUGGAUGUCUACCUGAGUGGGAAAUUUGUAGUUCUGGAAACAUCUUUUGGCCUGAGGGUGCGCUUCGAUGGUAACCACCAUGCAGAUGUCACCGUACCGACUUCUUACAACGGCCUACUCUGUGGCAUGUGUGGAAAUUUCAACGAGGACCCCAAAGAUGACAACUUGAAACCGGACAACACAGCAGCUUCUAACACCAACGACCUCGGCGACAGCUGGCAGGUGGCCGACCCACGGCCAGACUGCACAAAUGGUGGAGAGGAGGAGGAAUGUGACGAAGACGUGGAGGAAGAGGCCCAGAAGCCCACCAGCUGUGGAAUGAUCAUUAAUCCAGAAGGAAUCUUUAAGCCAUGCCUCUCGGUCGUGCCGCCUGAACCCUACUUUGACAACUGCGUGUACGACAUGUGCGCCACCGGAGGCGAGACCGUGGCUCUGUGCCAGGCCAUCGAGAGCUACGCCGACCUCUGUGCUGCUGCAGGAGUCCCCAUCGCAUGGAGAGACAACACCUUCUGCCCCCUGAAGUGCCCAUCAGGCAGUCACUACGAGCCCUGCGCCCCUGCCUGCGCUCAGCCCAGCUGUCAGGACCCCGCCGGGCCCGGCGGCUCCUGCAGCCUCCCCUGCGUGGAGGGCUGUGUCUGCAACGAGGGUCUGGUCCUGAGCGGAGACAAAUGUGUUCCUUUCAACGAGUGUGGAUGUACAGACGCAGACGGAGAGUACAGACCGGUGGGAGACGCUUGGUUCACAGAGACCGACUGUUCGGAGCGCUGUAAAUGCAACGGGAACGCAAACAUCACCUGUGAGCCGUGGCAGUGCAGUCCUGCACAGGAGUGCAAGGUGCUGGAAGGCGUCCUGGGCUGCCACUCCACAGGUAAAGGUGUGUGUCACGUUGCUGGAGACCCGCACUAUUACACCUUUGAUGGCGAGAUGCUCACGUUCAUGGGAACCUGCACAUACACGCUGGUGGAGGUUUGUGAUGCCAACAUGGUGACUCCUUUCAGAGUGGUGGCAAAGAAUGAGGAGCGCGGUCAGCCAGAGGCCUCCUACGUCCGCUCCGCUACCGUCUUCCUGCCUCACGACAUGGUGGUUGAACUUCAGAAGAGCCGCAGAGUUCUGUUGAAUGGGCGGCGCGUGAAAACCCCGCUCACCAUUGAAGCAGCUGGAGCCAAAGUGAUAACAAGUGGGACCUUCACUCUUCUAGACACAAACUUUGGUCUGCAGGUGAAGUUUGAUGGAGUCCAUCACCUGGAAAUCACUAUUCCUGGAGAAUACUACGAUAAGGUGUGCGGCAUGUGCGGAAACUUCAACCACAAUAAGUCUGAUGAUUACCUGAUGCCCAAUAAGAAACCAGCAAAGGAUGUGAUUGAGCUGGGAAACAGCUGGAAGUCUGAGGGAGACAGCGACCCCGGCUGUCAGCCAGACACGCGUCCCGACGUCCACCCUAACUGCACCGAGGCGGAGGAGACGCUGUACGAGGCCCAGUGCACAGGGAUCCUCCAGUCGGACCGCUUCAAGCCCUGCCACGCCCUGGUGCCCCCAGAGGCCUUCACUGGUAACUGCGUCUACGACAUGUGCGAGUAUGACGGCAUGCAGUCCACGCUGUGCGAUAACGUGGAGGCCUACGCCCAGGCCUGUCAGAGCGCCGGGGUCACCAUCAGCUGGAGGAACGCCACCUUCUGCCCGCUGCCCUGCCCGACCAACAGCCACUACUCUGACUGCACGCCGCCCUGCCCGCCCACCUGCUCCGACCUGUUCCCCAUCACCUGCCACCUCCCACCCACCACCUGUGUGGAGGGCUGCCAGUGCGACGCUGGGUUCGUCCUCAGCGAUAGCCAGUGUGUUCCUCUAGAUAAGUGCGGCUGCCUGGACUCAGACGGAGAAUACCACGAUGUGGAAGACACGUGGCUGACGGAUAAUUGUGAGAAGUCCUGCACGUGUAACCGCGGUGGAAGCAUCAUCUGCAAGGACCACAGCUGCAACUCCAACUCGGUGUGUUCCCUGGACAAGUACGGAGACCGCUACUGCCAACCUGCCAAGUUCGACAGGUGCACCAUCUCCGGAGACCCUCACCACAGAACGUUCGACGGCUUCGCCCAUCACUUCCAGGGUCCGUACACCUACGUCCUGACGCAGGGCCACAAUCUGCAGGGCUCCCAGACCCCCCUGUUGGUGAGGGGGAAGAACCUCAGGCGAGGCAACAACAAGAAAGUGUCAUUCCUGGACGAGAUGUAUGUGGACGUCUAUGGCGUCAACGUUCGUUUCCAGCAGAAGAAAGUAGUCCUGGUGAACGGAGAGCGCCUCACGCCUCCUCUUAGUCCCGUCGGCGGUUUAACCAUCACCAUGAACUCCAAGCAGGUCCAGCUCUCCACAGACUUUGGCCUUACCGUCCGCUUCGACGGCAAAAACCGUGGAGAUAUUAUACUCCCCAGCACCUAUAGGAACUCUGUCAGGGGACUGUGCGGGAACUACGACGGCAUCUCCAAGAACGAGUACAUGAAGCCCGAUGGGACAGUGGUGAAGAACCUGAACGACUUCGGAGAGAGCUGGAAAACCGACGACCGCCCGGCUGGACUGAGGACCUCUGAUGUUCACGCUACUGUUCACGUCCACAGGCGAGAGGUGGAGGAAGAUCCAGAAACAGGAUUUGAGACGUCCGACUGCUCCAAAUCUGAGCUCAAUGACUACAACAGCGUAACAAAGUGUGGAGCGCUGUCCGACCCUAAGGGGCCGUUCGCCGCCUGCCAUGACAUACUGCCGCCUCAGACCUACCAGGAUGAUUGCGUGUUUGACCUGUGCGCGGAGGACGGCAGCGAGGAGCUGCGCUGCGGCAGCUACGACGCGUACGCCUCGGCGUGUCAGGAGGCCGGGGUUAAACUGGGAGCCUGGAGGAAGCAGCUGGACUGCGUCCUACUUUGUGGAGCCAACAGCACCUACUCCUCCUGCAUGACCGCAUGCCCGCCGUCCUGCGCCGACUUGGCAGCCCCCUCUGAGUGCGACAUCACUUCAUGCGUGGAAGGCUGCCAGUGUGCCGCCGGUUUCGUCCUGAGCGAGGGAACCUGCGUGCCGUAUCCAGAGUGCGGCUGCACCUUCCUCAACAGAUACUACCCUCUCAACGAGAAGUUUGUCACCGAAGACUGCUCCCAGUCCUGCGAAUGCACGAAAACCGGUACGGUGUGCCAACCCAAGAGCUGCCAGAAGGAUCAAGUCUGCGUCAUCUAUGACCUCAGAAGGGACUGCUUCAAAUCGAGUCCCUGUCUCAGUUCUCCCUGCAUGAAUGGAGGAACGUGUACGGAAAGCAGUAACGCUACAUACUCGUGCACGUGUCCAGAAGGCUUUGAAGGAAAGUUCUGUGAAGUGGAGAUUAUUGAGCCCGCCCCUGGUGGAGGAUUGGCCACCAAGUGGAUAAUCCUGAUCGCAGUCUUGGUCCCAUUGGCUGUCAUGGCCAUCGUCGUCGUCAUCGCCGUUGUGUGUGUUUGCAAACGAAAAAACAAGAAAGCGUUUUCUGAUGACGGAAGUGUCAGCUUGACAUCAACUGGCGUCCCAUAUGAAAACAUGGAUGACCAGAAAGAAGUCAAACUGACUCCGAUGUAAAACAACCUGAUUCCGACAGUUCUCUUCUUCAUGUGUCACGGAUCAUUUUUAACUUAUAUUUUGGAACAUUCCUAUUUUUGUGAGAUUCUGUUUUGUUGAUUCAAUUAUUCUUUUUAAAAUGCCUUUAAUUUGUGAAUAAAAAUGCUGUUGUUGAAGCACAUUCUA